AUGACGCUGGAAGAUGGAUUGGACGGCAACAGUGACGACUCGGCUGAAGGGCAACGGCGAAUGCUGAGACCAGCGGAGAGUAGAGUAGGUGGCGGCGACGGAUUAAUUAUAUUAAUUAAUCAUAAUAUCUCACACGCAUCAAUAGGAUAUAAAAUAAUUUAUUUUCCCUCUUGUUUAUUAUUAUUUGCAGUUGUCAGUUUAAGCAUCUUAGUGUUAUUUGUGGCGAGCUUUAAUGCUUAUUGUGGAUUGAGAAAAAGGAAGCUCAACAAACUUAAAGAACAGUUUUUUCAACAAAAUGGUGGUCUAUUGUUACAACAAAAAAUUGCCAAACAUAGAGGUUCAAUUGAAACAGCUAAAAUCUUUAGCAUAGAAGAGCUAAAGAAGGCCACCAACAACUUUGAUGAAGUCAAGAUCCUAGGCCGAGGAGGCUACGGAAUAGUUUACAAAGGAUUAUUACAAGACAACAAAACCGUUGCAAUCAAAAAGUCCAAAAUCAGUGACCAAAGCCAGAUUGAACAAUUCAUCAAUGAGGUGGUAAUACUUACUCAAAUCAACCAUACAAAUGUGGUUAAACUUUUGGGGUGUUGCUUAGAGACACAAGUUCCAUUGCUCGUUUAUGAAUUCAUUCAAGGUGGUACUCUUAAUGAUCAUCUUCAUGGUCAGAACCAAUCUUUAAAGCUUAACUGGAAAACAAGAUUGAGAAUAGCAGCAGAAACUGCUGGGGCUUUGGCAUACUUGCAUUCUGCUACUUGUCCACCAAUCAUACAUAGAGAUGUUAAAACUACCAACAUACUUCUUGAUCAUAAUCUCAAAGCAAAGGUUUCUGAUUUCGGAGCUUCAAAGAUUGUUCCCCUUGAUAAAACCGAACUAUCCACCUUGGUGCAAGGGACUGUGGGGUAUCUAGACCCUGAAUACUUCCACACAAGCCACUUAACAGAAAAGAGUGAUGUGUAUAGUUUCGGAGUCGUUCUAGCAGAGUUAGUUACAGGACGAAAAGCACUUUGUUUUGAUUUGCCUGAGGAUGAUAGAAACCUUGCAAUGUACUUCAUUUCUUCAAUGAAUAAGGGUCGCUUACUUCAGAUUCUGGACAAUCAGAUAACAAAUGAGGCAAAGCCCGAGCAGCUCAUGGAAUUUGCCAAUAUUGCAAAACGAUGUUUGAGGUUGAAGGGAGAAGAAAGACCUACCAUGAAAGAAGUGGCAACUGAACUUGAGGGACUUAGAAUAAUGGAAAAUCAUAGGUGGGAAAGUGAUAGAUCGUCUUUGGAAGAGACUGAAGAUUUGCUCAAUGCAUCACCAUCAUCAUCAUCAUUGGCUUUUUACAGUGAAGAUAAUGGAUCUUAUGGAAGGGACAUUAUUUCUAGAUUGGAAAGCAUAGGUCAGAUUUCUAUUUCAUUAGGUGGAAGUGCUAAUAAGAUCUCCAUCGACACAAGCAGAAAGAAGGGAAAACUCCCAAAUAAUGAAACAGAUCAGACGCAACCGUUUGCUAAGACAUGCUUAUCCUACUGCGAGGAGCGUGAAGAUGCAAAGGACCCACAGGGACAUGGCUUGUCGCUAAUGUCUUACUCUUUUGCAAAAGCCCUCCUGGUUGCAAAGAUAUUAAUGAGUUAUGCGUAA